UCAUUUGACUUUAAGUCCCGGGAAGUUGAACGCAGGCCGCGGAGAACGGAUCCAGGAUUUAUACGGCAAGCCGCGAGAUCUCGAGGUAUCCGCCUGGAACCCGUUCGCCUCCUCGCUGUGCAAAAUGAAUGUAAUACAGGCCGCUAAGCCGCGAGGACGGUGCGCUUAUGCGAGAGGAAGGAUCGCCGCGGCACCAAACGCGCAACGCGCCGCAAACAUCUUUCCGAAAUAUCAAUUCGACUCGGGCUUUCGGAGACCUGCGACGAGCUCCGGGCCCGUCAACUCCAAUGCGAAGACGCCGAAACAAAAUCGCAGAGAGAACUGCGUUUCAACGUCGUCCUACCUGCCGAGCACCUCUCGCCGGAGCGUCGGCUCCGUUAAUCCGAAAUCGACUCCGUUCGGCACGUCCAGCAACGUGGAGUCCUGCAUAGUGAUCGCGUUAACUGCCGGCCGAGGAGACGCUAGCAACGAGGUUGGUUUAGCAGCGAUAGACCUUCAAUAUCCGUACUUGAUCCUUUGUCAAAUUAGCGACUGUCAAACAUACGUGAAUACUAUGACAAAGAUCAACAUCCUCGACCCGAUAGAAAUACUGAUGCCCGAAACGAUGUGCGAGCAUCGUGGCCGCGGCAAUAAGCUGUACAAAUCGAUCAAGGAGAAGUUCAACGCGCUGAACGUCACGCCGAUUUCGCGAAUACACUUCAACGAGUCGACGGGCUUGGAACGCGUGCGGACCCUCUGCGCCAGGGAAUACUCGACCGUGGAGUUGAUAGUGAAGCAAAAGUAUUAUGCUUUAGCCGCCGCUGCGGCGUUGCUCAAGUACGUGGAGUACGUCCAGCACAUGGUCUACGCCCCGAAAUCGGUGAGGAUAGAGUUUCAAGGAUCGCCGAACACCACGAUGAUCGAUAUCGAGAGCGCGCGAAGUCUCGAGCUGGUCGUCUCGCAGUCCAAGCAGUCCGUCGUCAGUCUGCUGGGCACGAUGAACCGCUGCUUGACCCCCAUGGGCAGGAGACUACUCCGCGCUUCCAUUCUUCAGCCUCCGUGCAACGAGCGCUUAAUCGCCGACCGACAAUCUUGCGUGGCGGAAUUGGUGGCGAAUCAUUCUCUGUGCACCAGUCUUCAGCCGGUGGUGCAGCGUCUAUUCGGCACGGAUCGUUUGCUGGCCUUGGCGAUUAAACCUCUGCACGUCAACGACAUGCAAAAUGCAGAGCGAAAUCUAAAUUACGCGUUGCUCUUGAAGAGCUGCCUGGACACCGUCCCGGAACUGGAAGCGAUCCUCGCGACCGGCGUCCACCCGUUCUUCGUGAAGACGCGAAAGAACUUGGGAAAUUCAGAGUUCCGAGUUAUGAAGGAUAAGAUUUUAACGCUGCUACACACAGACGCGAGAUUCGUCAAAGGAUGCACUUCCCUGGGUAUGCAGCGGUGUUUCGCUAUAAAAGCCGAUAUCAACGAGCUGCUGGACGUCGCUCGGCAAAUCUACUGCGAGUUAAUCAGCGACAUGAAAAGUAUGGUGGAGCAGUUAGCCGUGAAACACAAGCUGCCAUUAUCCUUGGAAUAUAACACGAACAUGGGCUAUCACAUAAACGUUGCCACACCGCGGAAUAUGACAAUCUCAGACUUGCCGGUCGAAUUUAUUCAGGCACGAAAGAACAGGAGAUCCUUCACGAUGACGACAACGGGGCUAUUAACAUUGAAUAAACAAUGUAAGAGCGCUUGCGAGGAGAUUUACAUGAUGAGUAACACAUUGCUGACUAAUUUGCUGGAGGAUAUCCGACAGCACGUCGGCUGCUUAUUUCAAUUGAGCGCAGACGUGGCGGAGUUGGACCUGGUCUUGUCGCUGGCGCAAAUCAGUUCCAAUCCGGAAUACACGAGGCCGUCGUUCGGGACGAAAUUGGAAUUAAUAAAUUCCCUGCACCCCAUUAUGGAAUUAUUUAACAGAGAUCUUCCCGUGGCUAACAACGUGAACGCCUCGGUCACGCAUAAUUUUCACCUGAUAACCGGACCGAAUAUGAGCGGCAAGUCUACGUAUUUGAAACAGAUCGUUCUACUUCAAAUUAUGGCGCAGAUCGGUUCCUACGUGCCGGCGAAGAAGGCAACGUUUCGCGUUGCAGAUCGCAUACUUUGUAGAAUUAGCUCCCGCGACGACGCCGAGCUCAAUGCGUCCGCCUAUGUCCUCGAGAUGAAGGAGGCGCAAUACAUCCUGCAAUCCGUCACGCCCAAGUCGCUCGUUGUACUGGACGAGCUCUGCAGACAUACCACGGUGGAGGAGGGCUCCGCCAUCGCUUGGGCGAUAUGCGAGAAAUUAUCGCUGACGACCGCGUUCGCGUUCGCGGCGACGCAUUUUUUACACCUCACCGCGCUGAGCAACAUGUAUCACAACGUGACGACCCACUGCUUCGAGACGAAAACCGCGGAACCGGAAGACUCGGACGAGUUGCAUCUGGUGUAUACUCACAAGCUGAACCGCGGAACCGGACCUACGGAUCACUACGGGAUCGCUCUGGCGGAAGUGUCCUCUCUACCGAAGUGCGUGACGGCCAAAGCGCGAGAGUACGCGUCCCGGCAAGCCGUUAGCGCGCAAAACAAUAAUCUCGGGUCAAUCGCGAGUUCUCUGUCAUGGGAGAAAUCGUGUUACGACGCGGUCGUUCAGUUACGCGCGCUAUUGGAGGAUAACCGUUUCACUUUCGCAAAUAUAAUAAGUGUCAUGAAGCAAUUGGAUCUGAGCAAGCAAAGUGAGCAAACGGAAAGAGCGCCGGCCCCGGCGAAAUCGCCGGCCCCGACGAAAUCGCCGAACGUCGCGCAAGAACGUGCAGAACGGGAGGGCCGCGAGGAGGACGAGGAUCUCGUUGCCGCGACGAGUAACACUUCGACGAACAACACGGUGUUGUUGACGGAACCGGCGGACAAGGUUGAACGAGAGGUGAGCGAGGAGCGGGUGCAAGACGGGCAGAUGGAAAUUGCCGAGGACGACAAUCGGCAGGUUUUUCUCACGAACGUGUCGAUUCACGAGGUCAUAAUAAAUCGAAUGGCGUUUUCAUCGCCGGACACGGCCAGCGGGGACUCGGCGGCCGUUGAUCCAAACCCAUCGCCGGCCGUCGAUCCGCGAUUCUACGUUCGCACGUCGUUCGCGGCGAGCACCUCGAUGACAAUAACGCCGCCGCAGCGCGGGACGAAUCCGGGAUCGAGUUUCGCAGAAAGCGUGAAAACGGUCGGCGAGUCGGUCCAGUAUCACGAUUACUGUUUGUCCGAGGGAGAAUUCGAUCUCUCUCUGUCGUCCCGAUCAAUCUCGAGCGACACGGCGAGGAGGACCGCGCGUGCGAAGGAGGCCGCGAUCUUUCGGCAGAUCGAAGGGGACGAUUUCGACGAGAGCAACUUCUUCGAUACGCAGGAGAUGUUAACGCUGGAAUUGGCCAUGGACGAAGACGUGGUGAUGUCGCCGAUGUAAAAGAAGAGAAUAAGUUUUCUCAUCAUAGUUCACGUUCACGUUUGCACGCGGAGAGAAUUGUCUCUUAAAAUUUAUCCUGAACACCACGUAAUCGCGGGACAACACGGCACCCCAGCGAGAAACGACUCGUCUCAGACGAUGUCGUAACGAAGUUGAAUCGACAUCGUUUCGACGAACCGUCUCUCGCUGGGACUUCGAAAGACUAUGAGAGUUUUUUGAAAUUUUACUAUACAUUUCGUUAGUAAAAUGUAGAGGAAAGUCUUCUAUUAU